AUGGAUCGUAGAGAUGACUUAUUUGAUGAUCGCCGCCGACUGGAGUUGGAUGCGGCGACGACGCGAUUUUUGACAGGCGCAGUAAUAAUAUGGGUCAAGGUCCUGGUGUCAAACGAUGACCGGGAAUCGUGGUAUCUCGUCAAAGGACAGUGGGUGAGGGCGAUCGAUCGGCUUUUGCGCGAGCGUUGGUUAGGUUGGAAGGUUGUUAAGACGGUGCGGUGCGGCUGUGAUGUGGUGCGUGUGAUUUACGGACGGGGUGGCGAUAAGAGGAAGAAGCCUUUUUACGACGGUAGCAAGCGCAGAGUUAGUUCGAUGAAUAGCCACAGGCAUGGAAUAAAGAAAGUCUGUGUUGCGGUAUGGAAUGGCGUGGAGAACAACGACGAUGAGAAGUUGUUUGAUCUGAGGGAGUUAAAAGAGAGAGGCGGAGCGGGAGAGGCGACAGAUCCUCCUUCACUUUGGGCGGAGAGAGACGAUGGAGGGUUGGUUGGCAGAAGGGGAGAGAGAGAGAGAGAAGGAGGAGCGAAGUCAAAAGCCAAACCGAGUGGCUAUUUUGGGCGUGGUUGGAAAGUCAGACAGCAGAGACAGGCCGAACCGACAGCCAAACACAGACAGACAAGACACACAGACGCCAGAAAAGCAGCGGACCCCGCGUAUUGGGAAAGUCACAUCCGCGACGGUUGGCCUUGUUCCUGCGCGGCAGAGGGUGGAGGAGGGUGGAGGAGCGACGGCAGGCGAUGGCGGACGAUGGCCGGUGGUGGAGGUGAUGGCGACGGAGAUGCGAUCGAUGUAAGGGCGACGGCGUGGGGCGUGGAGGUAGAGGUGGAGGUAGAGGUGGAGGAAGUGGAGAUAAGCGGGCUGGCGUGCUGGCGGGUGUGGGCGAUGGGCGUGGCUGGUAGUGGCGAUAAGCGCAGUGCCAAAACUUCUGGUCACGAGAGUGUCACGAGCGGGCUCGGCAGCGGGCCCGAUAAGGCAACCCAAGCGAGGACUGAAGGGACCCGGAAAGAGGGGUGGAGGUUGGACCACAAAAUAGGAAUGUCGAGUGCAGAACCUGGAGAGAAAGAGCGUGACGACAGAAGUAAGGAAGAGUAA